GAGCCCGAGCGCCGGAACCGUACUGCGGAGCGCCGCCCCGCGAGGUGAGUGCGGAGCUGCGCGGCGUCUCCGCGGUCUCCUCCGCCACCGGGCGGUGCGGCGCCGACUGCGCGCGGGCGCCUCCUGGCGGCGGUUGGCGGCCGCUUCGCGCGGGCGCCCUCCGCUCUGUGGGGCCGCGGGUCGGAGGAGCGCGGUGGCGGCAGGACGCGGGCCGGGCCCAUCACUGCCCGAAAUAAGGGAAUAUAUUAAAGAGAAGGUGUGCAGGGGAGAGAGGAGGUUGCGUGUGAAGGACGGGGUGCUGUCCGGGCGGUGGAGCAGGGCUGGCCCGGGUAGGCGCAUUCCCAGCGCCUCUCCUUGGAGGAGUCCUCCAGCGCGUCAGAGCCGCCCUGCGCGGCGGCCCGGCGGCGUGGCGGGCACGGCUUUAGCGGCUCCUUCCGAAGGAAUGGGACCGAGAGCGUGAGGGGGGAGCGGGCGCUGCAGCGGGCUGCGUGGUGGCCUCGAGAAGACGCUGUUGCUCGGAGGAAGCUUGGUUUUCCGUGCCGUUCUUUGAGCAGGGAGUUAAGGAUGGGCAAGAUUUGUGCAGUUUUUGGAGGAUCCCGAGGAAUAGGAAAAGCUGUUGCAGAAUUAUUGGCACGGAAAGGCUGCCACCUGGCAAUUAUUGCUAGAAAUCUUGAAGUAGCCCAAAAUACUGCACGCAGUCUUGGUGGUAUGUAUACUGGUUUGCAGUGAUUUCUUCACUGUCAAAUGCGUAGGUAACUUGUCAUAAGUCAUUAAAUGAACCAUAUUGUUUAAAUAGAUAAAGAAACUGGGAGCAGAGGGGAAGUUAUUUCAUUACGCCUUUGUUUUCACAGUACUCUGGGAAGAGUGAAUAUGUUGCAAUUCAUAUCAUGCAGCUAGAAUAGAUUCAAGGAGUUGUUCAAGGUUGCAGCAGGGAGUUGGUAGGAAUUGAGUCAUCCGUGGCUCCUGACCAAGCUAGAACAGAGACCAGUCAGAUCAUGCUGAAGUUCUGACUUCAAAAGGUUGAAAGUAUGAUGAGAGUUGUCAUGUAACAAAUUAGUCCAGUUCUUGAAAAUUGUGCUGAUUUAAUUCUCUGGAGAUGAAAUGGAUUCCUCAAGUUAUAACUAGUUCAACAUCUGUUCUUUCAGCUGGCCAUCUGGCACUUAGCUGUGAUGUAUCCAGAGAACAAGAAGUCCAACAUGCUUUUGAGGAGAUACAGAGGAAUUUAGGUCCUAUUAACUAUUUGGUUAAUGCAGCUGGGAUCAACAGGGAUGGCUUGUUACUGAGAACCAAGACUGAAGAUAUAGUAUCCCAGAUUCACACGAACCUUCUGGGAACAAUGUUGACAUGCAAAGCUGCUGUAAAAAGUAUGAUUCAUCAUCAAGGAGGUGCUAUUGUUAAUAUAGGGAGUGUUGUAGGACUUAAAGGCAACUCUGGUCAAAGCAUAUACAGUGCUAGCAAAGCAGGAAUAGUUGGAUUUUCGCGUUCUCUUGCUAAAGAAGUUGCAAGAAAGCAAAUUCGAGUCAACGUGGUUGCUCCAGGCUUUAUUCACACAGAGAUGACUGCUCAUUUGGAAGAAGACGAGUUGAAGAAAGCAAUUCCCCUUGGAAGGUUUGGAGACCCUCAUGAAGUUGCACAAGCUGUUUUAUUUCUUCUGGAGUCCCCAUAUGUUACGGGGAGUACUCUAAUUGUGGAUGGAGGCUUGCAGCUUUUGAUUUAGAUAUUACCUUGAAUAAGUACCUGCUGAAAUAUAAACACAUGCUAAUUAAGGAGGGGGAAAUUAGGCUAAGAUUCACGUAUAUAAUUGACUUCACAUUCUUUAAUCAGAUGAAUAAUUUGUCGCAGUUAAGUCCAACAGGUAUGUUUAGCUACCUGAAAGAUUUGGUAUGGUGAUAGUUAUAAAUAACUUCCUGAUGGAUUUUUAAAGCACUGUUUUUAUGAAGUCACGUUUUCCAGUUUGGAAACGAAGUAGAGAUUUUUAAACUGAAUUAUUGUGUUACACAAAGGUGAAUAAAAUGCAGGGCAUGCUUAUUUGCUGUCAGUUAUGGUUGCAUCAAAUUUUUCAUGUAUGUUGAAGAUUGUGAACCCUAUGAUUUUUUUUUAUUCCUAUCAAUCAAUCCCUACAAAGUGGCAAAGAGUUUCCUUUGUUUUUUUCUUUAUAAAGGUAGAAGCUUCUUGGUCUCCAGCAUACCUGAAUUGCCUUUACAAGAUGUAAUUAUAUGCAAUAUAUUUUUAUGAAAACAAAAACUGUGCAGUUCUAUUCUUAAAUGUGUGUACAGUGAUUAUUUAAUUCAGUAGCACUUGAUUGGAUUAAAGGACUGUUGACUGGUCA